GUGUGUUUUCAGCCAGUGGUCGUCACGGUAACACCACAGCCCCACCUCACACACCCUCAGCAGCCAAUCAGGAGCCAGAGGAGCAGCAUAGUCCAUCUCCAUGGUAACCACAGUGGAGCCUCCACUCGGUGGGAGGAGCCUCCUGCUCCACAGCCCAGUGACGGUCCAGUGGGUUUGGCGGAGGCGGAGUUACACACCACACUGGCUCUGAAGGUGGAGCUUCAGUCUCUGCAGGGGGUGGAGUUUAACUCCCAGAAGGCCAUUCAGGAAACUCUGUGUAGGUCAACGUGGACCAGAAGUCUGAUAAACAGCAGAGUAACUGAAGGCCUGAACGUGGGCCGCUCUCAGCUCCUCUUCUCCUCAUUGGUCAGCGUGGACGUUCCUGCAGAUCAGCUGAUUGACCGGGCUCUACAGGAUAGGCUGCCGCUGGCCCCGCCCCCUCGCUGCCGCUCCAUCAGAAAGCCCACAGAUAGCCCCGCCCUCUUCCCGAAUGUGUCUGACUUGCAACGACAGAAGCCCCUCCCACCAGAGGAGCAGGGGCCCGCCAGGCUCCGCCCCCUGCCCUUCUCCAGCUGUUCGACCUUUGACCUCUACAGCAGACAGCGACGCUGGGAGGCCACACCCUGAUUGGACCAAUCUAUGUGAUGUCACAUUUGAAUUCUGUACAAAGUUUGAAAUAAAGCCUGAGUUCCACCAAUCACAGAGCAAGGAUUCACUUCAGUUCCACCCACUUUCAAAUCUGUACUGACACUUAGUCCUAGACUAAACCUGGACCCUGAGUCUAAAUUU